AUGCCUCGCUAUUGUACCCUUGAGUAUCUUUCUCCCACAAAAUCUGACUCCAGAAUCCUUAUAAAAGUCAUACGAGUUUGUGAACAAUUCAACUACCGUAAUCAUCGCCAGGAAUUGCAUCUUAUCCUCGGUGACGAAAAUGAUUACAAAAUAGAGGCAUCGAUAGAUCAGGAUCUUAUUUCUUCCCUCGGUCCAAAGUUUAAAGAAGGAGAAUGGAAUUAUGUCAAAUUCUUCAACGUUGUCAACGCGUUCGGAUCUUUCAGAAAUACUAUAAACUACCACUUCAUCAACAUGAACGCCGAUACUGUUGUAGACAAGACCUUUCAAAUCAAUCCUAAGCAUAUGAUGGAUUUUAUGCCAUUUGAUGCCAUUAUUCGAGGGAAUUUUCCUACUAAGUACUCUAUCGAUUUGAUCGGCGUAAUCAUCUAUGUUGAUGAUGAUCUAAGUACUGACAUUGAUGACCCAUACGAGAUGAUUUUUGGACCUUCUCACAAAUUGGACAUUCAAAUAAGGGACAUGAAUUAUAAUGAUAUGGAUAUCGAACUCAUUGGGAAGACUGCUCUGGAUUUCUGGAAGAAGUGGGAAGACAUAGGUACUUAUGAAACAGUCUUGACUUUGCGCAUGUUUCGUCUGACCUAUGAUUCCGAAGGGAGAUAUCGUAUAAGGAAUGCUGGAGACCAUUCUGAAAUACUUUUCAAUCCUCACAUAAAAGAGGUUUCUGAUUUUCUUGACUGGCUUCCUUUUACCGAUAUCCAUGGAGAUCCGAGCUGGCCAUAA